AUGUCGGUCGUUUCUCUUCUUGGGGUCAACAUCCUCAACAAUCCCGCCAAGUUCACCGACAAGUACGAUCUUGAGAUCACCUUUGAGUGUCUUGAGCCUCUGGAGAAGGAUCUCGAGUGGAAGCUCACCUACGUUGGAUCUGCCACCUCGGACCAGUAUGAUCAGGAACUCGACUCCCUCCUAGUUGGACCGAUCCCUGUCGGAGUCAACAAGUUUGUCUUCGAGGCAGACGCUCCCGACACAAAGCGCAUCCCCGACGCAGACGUUCUUGGUGUUACUGUCGUCCUCCUUACCUGUGCCUACGAUGGCCGCGAAUUCAUCCGCGUUGGCUACUAUGUCAACAACGAGUAUGAGACCGAGGAGCUGAACAGUGACCCCCCUGCCAAGCCCAUCAUCGAGAAGAUUCGUCGCAACGUCCUGGCAGACAAGCCCAGAGUCACCCGCUUCGCCAUCAAGUGGGACUCAGAGGCCUCGGCCCCUGCUGAGUUCCCCCCCGACCAGCCUGAAGCCGACAACCAGGUCGAUGAGGAGGAAUAUGGAGCUGAGGAGCUGGCCGAAGAGGAGGCUGAGGAUGGUGCUGUCCACACUGGCACCAACGGCGAGUCAUCUGCCGCCGCUGGCGGUGACGCCGAGAUGGGCGGCACUGAGGAGGCUGCCGAGCCCGCUGAGGAGGAUGAGAUGUCCGAGGACGGCAGCGUUGAUCUUGAGAACGAGAGUGAGGAUGAGCUUGAGGAGGAAGAGGGCGAGGGUGAAGCCGCCGAGGAUGGUGAUGACGCCAUGGAGGUUGAUGACAAGCCUGCUGGUGGUCCGAGCUCGCAUAUCAUGGCUCACUAG